CGAAGCGAGGAACAUCAUGAAGCAGAUGGUCGUUGGUGACAAAGUAGCUAUCUUGCUCGACUUGAUUUCUUGCACCAUUCAGUGUAACGCGAUCCCAUGAAGGUUCUUUUCUACCACUCAAACUGCAAAGUCCCAGGCGUCGCAGGUUUUGCAGAGGUAUCAAAAGAAGCAUACCCUGAUUAUACCGCGUGGGACAGUUCACACCCAUAUUUCGAUCCAAAAACGAAACAAGAUGAUCCAAAGUGGUUCAUGGUCGAGGUCACCUUCGUCGCCCGGGCGAAACACCUUGUUCCUCUUGCACUCUUGAAGCAUAUAGCUGCUCUUGCGAGCGGAGAAGCACCCAGUGAGGUGGACUAUAUAGGGGCAGAUGGCGUCAAGGCUGUCAAAAAUAUGGCUCUUGUCAAUCGAGGCCGUCUGAGCGUACAGAGUGUUGACGAGAAGACGUUUGAAGUUGUCCAGACACUCGCGGAGAAAGGCGGCUGGGACGACAUGGGGCUUGGGAAGAAAAAGUCAAGCCCGGCGAGUACCAAGCCAGCGAAGAAGCCCGUUCAAAACAAACGGAAAAAAGCGAAAGCAAAAGCAGAAACACCAAGUGAAGAUGAAGACGAAAGCGAUGACCAAGUUGAGGCGCAGAGUGCUCCGAGCUCGGAAGAUGAGCAAAGACAAGGUGUUGGCAGAGCCAAGGCGCGGAGAGCAAGGCAAAAAGUAAGUUUGCAAGGAGAGAGUGGAGAAGGAAGUCGAAAAAGGAAGAGAAAUCAGCUGGAUGAAAAAGACGGCGAGUCUGAGGCUGUCCCUCGGCGCCGAUCUGUACGGACCAAAAAGUAAACUGUCUUGUUCGGUGAUACAAGUCCUUUAAACAUUCCGUUCACAAUGUAGCAACGGCGUACAUUAAACGGCAAGUUCACGUGACAUAUUUUGGACAGCGGGUGACAUUCGAGAUCACGCAGCAGACUUGCUGUUCGGGAGGAGCACGGAUGCUGGGCCUGACCGAUGCUGGAUAUGCGCCAAUCGUAAAGCGAGCAAAGAGGAAACUAUCCAUACAAAGGGGUAUACAUUAACGGGCUGCGUAGCGCUACAUGUCGAGUGAGUAAAUUAAAAGCCGUAAGUAGGACUCAGGGGGAGGGUAAAACAAUCGUGUUACGGAU